CAUUUUGGGAUUGUGGCAGCAAGAUAAUAGCUAUAGAACACUGCUGAAUGUCGUGGCGGACGGCUUAUGCAUUACUGGUUGGACAUGCAGGCCUUCCCUUAACACCCAUGUGGAUGGCCCACUGCAAUUCCAGCCCUCAUUCAGAAUUCGCCUGACGGAGAGGAAAUCAGCCACGCUGGAGUGCCUGGAAGGCCGCCACCGCAGGCCCCACAGCUGCGACAUGCAGAUUCGGAAGGACAGGUUCAGCAUCCAGUGCAGCAAGACAGACCACCGAACGGAUUCACCCACGCGGCUUAGGGGAGAAGGGGGGCUGGUGCUGGUGCAGGAGGACAGACAGGUGUAUGACUGGCUGACCUACCGCCGCCUCUACCUCCCGCCACGCCACCCGGAUGACCUCAUCAGGCCAGGCCUCUUCCAAGGCAAAUACCAGAGCUUCAGACUAAAGAAGAUUGCCAUGCUCAGCUUCCAUGGGAAGUAUGCCAGGGUCACGAAGAUCAUGGGAGAGUCCAUCGUGAUGUUAGAGAUCCACCUCCAGCGCCGCAUCCAGCUGCGAGAUGGCGAGAUCUUCCGCAACUUCAACGAGCUCUCCCGCGUGGUCCAGGAGAUUGACGAGCAGGUGACCCGGGAGCAGCAGCAGCAGCAAGAAAACAGGACUGAGGAAAGCGAGGGCCAUGGCUGGCAGAGCCCUGCCCAGCCCAGCGUCGGGGAGUCCGGGGCUGCAGCUUCGGAGGAGCAGCCUGUCCCGUUUGUUCUGCCUGCGAACGUGCUCUCAAUAGAACAGAACUACCCCCGAACCUGCAGGAUGUGUUUCUAUGGCGUGGACACUGUGUCUGUUACCAGACAUGGCUUCGCCUCCACCUGGCGCCUCCCUGGAGUCUUCAUCCUGUUCGAUGAGAACCACUUCGGGUUCAUCUGCCUGGAGCUGAAAUACUUCAUCCUGUUCGGCAGAGUCCAGGACACCUUCCAGAAUGUGGAGGCACCAUCCCCGCAGGCCUUCCUGGAGAUGCUCAAGAACAUUCAGUUCCGUCCGGGAGGAGCAGCUGGCAUGCACUUUGAAGAUUUGACCUUCUGA